CUCUGGUGCUCUUGCCCCUCAGCCCCCCCUCCUUCACACUACUUAUCACACACCAUGGACCAGCACGCGCCCUGCAUUCACUGCGGCAAGUCAGACACGCCCCUGUGGCGCCGGGGUCCCGACGGCGAGCAGUCGCUUUGUAACUCGUGCGGCGUCCACUACAUGCGCCACAAGACGCUGGAGAACAAGUCGGCGUCGCCGUCGUCGGGCGGCUCGGCCUCACACUCGGGCCGCAAGGGCCCAAAGUCGCGGGUGGGCAAGGCCGGCUCGACCCGGACGUCGACAGCUUCGACCAAGAACCGCAAGCGCAAGAUCGACGACCUUGGUGAGAUCAUUGUUUCCAAGCGCCGCUCCGCUCGCGCCAAGGCCGGCGAUGACGAUGACGUCUCCACUUCAAAGUCCAAGACGCCCAAGGGCAAGAAAGGUAAGAAGGUCCGCAAGCUCGCCGUCCUCGACGACGACGAGGUCAUCGAGUACGAUGCCUUUGCCUUUUUGCAGGACUUUCUCUCGCUCCUCACCGAUGGCGAGAACGAGGAAGUUGCUGAGGCUUUCCUCUCCCACCUCGACUACAUGGACGUCGCUGAUCUCGUCCGCACUGGCGAGGGUCUGCAGGUCAUGUCCAACGCCAUCGUCGACCAGCUUGCCGCCCGCGCCUCUGCCCAGCAGUAGUACCCGCUAGCUGCACUCCUCCAUUGAAUCAUAACUUGAUCCUG